AUGGCGCUGUGUUUGGUAUUGUUCUUUCUGUUUGCAGGGACUAGUUUGGGGCUGGAGAAUACACAGGCCUUGAAUGUGUCUCAAAGAUGUGAGGAGGACACCAACACCUUUAUCUGGGAAAUUAACCAGGAGACACCCAAGGAAUAUGCUGUUUUCAUGCACAAUGCAUCUGGAAGGAUUGGUGGCAAUGUUACAGGAGGUGACGUCAACCAAACUGGUUCGCUGGACCACUGUCGAUCUGCCCAUGGUCCUACUUUCUCUGGACAGUACUGCCAGGCAUUUCUUUCACAGGGAACUAUCCAGCAUGUUGUGGGUGUUUGUGUCCCUGACUCCUGCAGUGAAGAGGACGUACAUUUUCUUGUGCUGCAUGGGAGACUUCAGUAUGGUCAGACAGCGCUUAUUUCACCAAUACUGGUCAACCAGUCCAUUCAGGAGAUGACCAUGACACGAUGUUUGCCCAACAACACCAUUGCUCCAGAUGCAUCUGGUCAUGGAUAUGUGGCCUGUCUGUUUGUGUGUUGCUUAAUGGUUGCAAUUCCUCUAGCAGCUACCAUGUUCACUGCUUUGUUAAGCUGGCAAAAGAACAAGGAUGUCAGUCCAUCUCCAGAGGCAUGCUGUAAAAACACUGCACUAAACCUUUAUGGGGGUUUGAAGUCCAAUGACUCCUGCAGCAGUGAAAUGAACAUAAGUACUUCAGAGGAGUUUAAUAAACACAAACCAGUCUGUUUUCCACAACGCUGUCUGGAGCGGUGGCUGCAGGCAUUUUCUCUACAGAAUACCUGCCGUGGUGUCUUCAGCACAACCUCAUCAAUCCCAGGAGGAGGAUACUCCUCCCUGAAUGGAAUCCGUGCACUCUCUCUGUUAUGGAUCAUAUGUUGCCACGAUAGCACGUUCACUUAUACGAACAACAUUGAUAAUGCUGAAGAAUGGUUUGAAUAUAUAAGGAGCAGCCCUUUUCAUAUUAUCACGGCUGGACCAGGUUUUCUGGCUGUAGACACCUUCUUAGUGCUUGGGGGUAUGCUUAGUGCCAAGUCUCUGUUAGGCUCCAUCAACAGGGCAGAGGGCAAACUGAGUGUCUCUGUGGUGGGAAACUACUUCUACAGCAGGAUCAAAAGAAUUCAGCCACUACAUAUGUUCUGUGUGUGUCUACUUACUGGUGUGUACUCGCUGGUCAAAUGGGGACCCUACAGAACAUAUUUGAUAGGAGUAGACACUUGUCGGACAUAUUGGUGGGCUAACGUGCUGUUCAUCAACAAUCUCAUAGAUACUCAAAACACAUGUUUACCUUGGACAUGGUACUUAAGUCUAGACUUCCAGUUUUAUGCCACCACUCCUGUGUUACUCUAUCUUCACAAAUUGAACAGAGGUGUGUUUGCAGCUGUGGUAGGAGGUUUGUUGCUACUAACCACUGCUGCUGGUGCCAUUUUGACAGCACUAAAUCACUUUCAAGUCUAUAUACCAGGAACAUUGCGCUUGGACAAAAUAGUAUCAUAUAUGACAAUGUACUAUACUAAACCUUACACAAGAUAUGGCCCAUAUUUACUUGGGAUCCUGCUUGGAAUACACUUUGUGACAAAAAAAGAUCAGCUCAUAAAGAAAAAGUGGCAGGCAGCACUCGGUUGGUUCUGCACUAUUUUCCUCAUGGCAGUGGUGUUUGGCUUGGCCUUUGCCCUCAGGGAGACCCCAGACUACCCAUCUGUGCCACAUGCCCUCUAUCAGGGACUGCACAGAACAGUCUGGGCUUUGGCUAUCGUCUGGAUCAUUGUUGCCUGUGAGGAAGGAUAUGGAGGUUUAAUCAAGAGUGUCUUGUCACUGGGUUUCUGGAUUCCAAUUUCCAACAUUAGUUUUGCUGCCUAUUUGUUCCAUCCUAUUGUAAUAUCCCUGCAUAAUGGAGUGCAAGAAAACACAUUUCACUUCACAGUCUUCAACUUUAUGAUCCUGUACUUUGGCCGCUUACUGCUGUCACUGCUGAUUGGCUACAUGUUGACUGUGCUGAUUGAGAAGCCCUACUUCCUAAAAUACAACCGUAAAUAGAUACAGUGGACAUCAGAAAACACAAUUGAAACUGUAUCAACACAUUGUCAUUUAAUAAUUGUAAAUUAUUGUCAUAACAUUUUAUAUUAUCAUAUUAUUUUAAAUUGAUGCUUGUAAGUCCCACAGCAUUGUAAGUGGGCAUGUGCGUGUUCAGCACUAUUUUCUGUAUGUGUUCCGGGACCUGUGCCCGUCUCGUCAUCUCUGUAUGUGUACUUUGCAUUCCGGCACCUCAUGAUUUACAAAUGACGCACUGGUUAUAGGCUAUACCUGGUCAUAUUGCUGUUGGUUAUGUUUAACGUGAUGAUUACAUGCUGCACGAAUAGAG